AUGUCGUCGUACAAGAACCCCUUGGCGGAGCCCAUCGCCAUUGUCGGCAGCAGCUGCCGCUUUGCCGGCGAUGUCGCAAAUCCGCAUAGCCUCUGGAAGCUCCUUGCUAAUCCCGCCGACCUGUCUCGCGAGAUCCCGCCCGAGCGGUUCAAUAUCAAGGCCUUCUACCACCCGGACGCCGAGUACCACGGCACGACGGACUCGCCCAAGGCAUACUUCCUUGACCAAGACCACCGCGUCUUUGACGCCACCUUCUUCAACAUCACGCCCAAAGAGGCCGAGGCCAUUGACCCCCAGCAGCGGCUCCUGCUCGAGGUCGUGUACGAGGCUCUCGAGUCGGCCGGCUACACUCUCAAGGACUAUGCCGGUGCCGACGUCGGUGUCUUUUCCGGACUCAUGACCUCUGACUACGACACGCUUUCGCAGCGCGACGAUCUCACGGCUAGCAAGUACUAUGCAACUGGAAAUUCCCGCGCCGUAGUCUCGAACCGCGUCUCGUACUUCUUCAAUUUCAAUGGUCCCUCAAUGACCAUUGACACGGCUUGCUCUUCGAGUCUUGUUGCACUCCACCAGGCAAUGCUCAGCCUUCGGUCUGGCGAGACGGGCAUGGCUUGCGUCACGGGUGUCAACCUCAUCAUCACGCCCGAGCAGUUUGUUGUCGAGUCCAACCUGCAUAUGCUGAGCCCCACGGGCCACUGCCGCAUGUGGGAUGCCCAAGCCAACGGCUAUGCUAGAGGCGAGGGUGUCGCUGCUGUCUUUCUCAAGCGCCUGAGCCAAGCCAUCGCAGACGGCGAUCAUAUCGAGGCCGUCAUUCGCGAGACGGGCGUCAACUCGGACGGCCGCAGCAAGGGCAUCACCAUGCCCAACUGGGAAGCCCAGGCCCGCCUCAUCAAGGACGUGUAUCGCCGCGCUGGCCUCGACCCCACGGUCCCCGAGGACCGCUGCCAGUACUUCGAGGCCCACGGCACCGGCACCCGCGCCGGCGACCCCAACGAAGCGAGGGCCAUUGAGGAAGCUUUCUUCGGCUCCAACACGACGCUAGUUCGGCCUCACACUGCCACAGCGUCCCAGAAGCUGCUGGUGGGCUCAGUCAAGACUGUCAUUGGCCACACGGAGGGCGCUGCCGGCCUGGCGGGACUGCUCAAGGUGGUCCAGGCCAUGGAGCACGGCUCGGUGCCCCCCAACCUCCACCUGGAUAAGCUCAAUGCCGACGUUGAGCAGUACUCGUCACACCUGCAGAUCCCGACCAGCCUGGUGUCAUGGCCUCAUGUCCACGACGGCCUGCCCAAGCGUGCCAGCGUCAACUCGUUCGGCUUCGGCGGCACCAACGCUCACGCCAUCGUCGAGCAGUACAUGCCAGACCUGCACAUGAAGGUCGCUUGCCAGUUCCGCCCCAAUCUGGAGGCUCCCGCCGACAUUGACCGGCCGGUCCACUGCAACCACCCCAGCACGGUCUCGCUGCCCCUGGUGCUCUCGGCGACCUCGCAAAAGUCGCUGGCCGCAGUGGCUCGCGAGUACCGCGACUAUCUCCGCCAAGACCCGCACUCGCAUUUCGAGGCCGCGGCCUGGCACGCCUAUGCCCGGCGCACUGCGUUCCCCUUCCGACAUGCCGUUUCGGGCGGCUCGACAGCCGAAGUGGCGGACAAGCUCGACAAGAUCGUGGCAAGUUCGGCCAAGAAUGCCAGUGUCGCGCUCGGCGUUCGCGCUCGCCCCGAAGACGAGCAGCCUCGCAUCCUCGGCAUCUUCACAGGCCAGGGAGCCCAGUGGGCGACAAUGUCUCGCGGACUGCUGAGAACCAGCCAGGUCUUUGCCAUGACGAUUCGAAGCAUGGAUAACGUCCUCCAGAAUUGCCCUCACCCGCCCUCGUGGUCGCUCGAGCAGGAGAUUCUGGCAGACCAGGACCUGUCGCGUGUCAGCGUCGCCGCAAUUUCUCAGCCCCUUUGCACGGCCGUCCAGGUCGGCCUCGUCAACAUUAUGCGGACGCUCGACAUCCACUUCCACACGGUUGUCGGACACUCGUCUGGCGAAAUCGGGGCGGCAUACGCGGCGGGCAAGAUCACGUCUCGCGAGGCCAUCCUCAUCGCCUACUACCGCGGCUUGACUGCUAGCCUUGCCCAGAGCUCCAGAGGAGUCAAGGGCGCCAUGCUUGCCACGUCGAUGACAAAGGAAGAGGCAGCCGAGCUGUGUGCCAACAAGAGCUACUGCCACGGCGUGUGCCUGGCUGCCAGCAACGCGCCCUCGAGCGUGACCCUUUCGGGCGACAUCGACAUGGUGGAGCUCGUCCACAAGGGUCUGACCGCGCAGUCAAAGUUUGCUCGGCUCUUGCAGGUCGACACGGCCUACCACUCGCCGCACAUGGAUGCUCCGGCUGCCAAGUAUGUCGAGUAUCUGCGGGCCUGCUCCGUUGAGCCCACCAAGGAUCACGUCCACGCGAAGUGGGUGUCGAGCGUCUACGGCUGUGGCCAGCCCGGUGACGAGGAGCUGAGGGCGGAUUACUGGUGCGACAACAUGACCAAGCCCGUUCUCUUCUACGAGGCUGUUGGAACGGCACUUGAGCUGCACGGCCCGUUCGACUGUGUCGUCGAGAUUGGACCGCACCCGGCACUGCGAGGUCCCGUCACACAGACCUUCGAGGCCAAGACGGGCGGCACCGUGCCCUACUUUAGCCCCCUGGCCCGCGGCACGGAUGACCGCGUCGCUUUUGCAGAGUUCCUCGGCAAGAUGUGGUCGCAUUUCGAUUCUUCUCACGACCAGAUUCGCGGCUUCGUCCUUGGUUCGGUAUCACAGAACCUGGCCAACAAGCGCCAUGACGGCAUUCCUCGCUAUCCGUGGGACCACUCGCAGAUUCACUACCGCGAGUCUCGUAUCUCUCGCCAGUUCCACUUCAAGACGGACCCGCCGCACGAGCUCCUGGGAUCUCGCACCCGCGACGACAACGACCAUGAGCUGCGAUGGCGCAACAUUCUCAAGCUCGAGAAGCUUCCUUGGAUCCAAGGCCAUCGCUUCCAGGGCCAGGCCCUGCUCCCGGCUUCUGCAUACAUCGUCAUGGCCAAGGAUGCCGCACAGGCAGCGUUGGCUGGCCGCACCGUGUCUUCUAUUGAGCUCCGGGACCUCAAAUUUCCGUCGGGCAUCAUUCUCGAGCCCGACUCUCCUGGCAUCGAGACACUGUUCUCGCUGACCGUUGAGCGUACCGACCGAUCUGAGCCGACUGUUGAGGCGUCGUUUACCUUGACCUCGGCCGUGGCUGAUGGUAACAUUGCCAUGAAGAAGAACUUUAGCGGCACGCUUCUCGUCACCCUCGGCGACGCAACCCUGCACAGCCUGCCCACCCGACCGGCAAAGCAACCCGAGACCCUGUCUGCCAAUCCUGCCGCUUUCUACACCAUGAUGGCCGAGACUGGUCUUGACUACACUGGUCCCUUCCAGGGGCUCGCCAAACUCGACCGGCGAUACGACUUUGCGUCUGCGUCUCUGCUCAAGUACCACCCCGCCGACACGACGAAGCUGAGCAUUAGUCCGGCCACGCUGGAUAGCUGCCUCCAGACAGCAUUUGUUUGCGUUUCUUCGCCUGGCGACAGGGCCAUCUGGACUUCGUUUCUUCCCGAGCGGAUCGAGCGGAUCCGGUUCAACCUGGCGACGUGCGACGUGCAGUCGCCCAGCCAGAUGCUCGGCGUCGACGCGUACCUGACACAUGCCACACCCAUCACGGCGCAGAGUGCGGCCUCCUUCACGGUCGACAUUGAGAUCUACGACCAAAACGGACACAUGGAGACACAAGUCGAAGGACUCACGGUGGGCUCCUUCAGCCCGACCAAGCCCGAGGACGACUACGAGCUAUACCUGACGACAAUCACGGACAUUGACCCCGACGACGAGAUCAUCACGGCGACGCUCGAUGAUAUCCACGCGCCAGCCCCGAUGCUAGCCGAGAGCUGCGAGCGAGUUGCGUCCUUGUACAUUAACAACAUGGAGCGCCUCUGCAGUCCUCGCAUGGCCUCUCACAUGCCCUUCGGCGCCAUGCACGGCCAGUCACUGCUGAGCUUAGCCUCGUGGCCUGCAGACAAUUCCGAGUCUGUGGACAAGUUCAUCAAGGCCUCGCCGUACUUUUCUAGUCUAGACUUCAUCCGCCGCCUGGGCAGAAUCCUGCCCGACGUCCUUUCCGGCAUGCUCCCGACUAUCGUCGAAGAGGCGCACCAGCUUCGGGGUUUCCAGCUCCACGUUGCCCGAGUCGUCCAGCAGAUUGCGCACAAGUACCCUCGCAUGAACGUACUUGGACUCACGGAGCCAGAUCUCGGCCUUACCGCACAUAUUCUCAACGGUCUCGAGGAGGCUUUCUUGACGCUCCACAUUGGCGCCGAUGCCGAGCCGAAUCUCGAACAUCUCGUCUCCAUUAGCAACUCGACGCGCCAAAAGAUCAUGAUUGACAAGGUCGACUUGGACUUGGCGGAGGAGGCCAACGAUGCUACCAGACUGCCAUACGAUCUUGUAGUCGUCUCGACAUCGCUGAUCAAGCCGUCAAAUUCCCGUGACGUUCUUCGUCGUAUCCGCCGUAUGAUGUGCGACGGCGGCUUCCUGAUGCUGCUUGACAUUUCUCGGAGCCCACUCCAGGAGCGUAUUCGGCUCGUUGCAGGUGUCAAGCCCGACGACUCCGACUCGGGACGCGAGGUUCUCGACUGGGCCGACGCCCUGGACCUCUGUGGCUUUAAGGAUUUGAUUAAGGGCUCUUAUCAACACUAUCCUCCAGGAUUCACCCUCCACGUUCGCCAGGCCGAGUCCCACAAGAAGCAGCAGCUCCUCCACCCAUUCGCCCAUGCUGCCCACCAGCGCCUGACAGACAAGCUACUGAUCGUCGGAGGCAAGCAUCUGUGGACCUCGCUUAUCGUCACUGGAGUCGGCCAGGCACUCGAGCAACGCUGCGGCAGUAUUACUUCGGCCGAGAAACUCGAAGACAUGCACAUUCACUCUGCCCUCGAGUACUCGGCAGUCAUCUUGUUGAGCGACAUUGACGAGCCCGUUCUGGCAACCAUGACGGAGGCGCGCAUGGAUGUCCUCAAGGCCCUGCUCCGCCCUAGGAUGGUUAUUCUAUGGAUGGUGCACCAUGCCCGGAUUCACAACCCAGACCACGCAGCCUCGUUUGGGUUUGCCCGCACACUGGUUGCCGAGACGCCGAAUCUGAAGUUGCAGAUGUUGAAUCUCGAGACGAUCGACACGGUUCCGGCCGUGAAUGCGGUCUCGGAGUCGUUUGCCAGCCUGGCAUUGCAGUCUCUGGUCGACGAGGCCGACUCGUCCAGGCCGCUCUGGGUCUUCGAGCCCGAGAUUCACUUGGAGAAGGGCCACCGCUUGGUCCCGCGUAUUAAGCCGUGGGAGGCGGCGAACGAGCGCGUCAACGCUUCACGCCGUAUCGUGUCAAACACGGUCAACUCACUGGAAACGAUAGUUGAGAUUUUGCCGACCGGGGCCAAACACGGUGCAGCGCAGUACGGAACCAAGGUUCAGGAUAUCAUUGGCGCGCUCCCCCACUUGGCUUCGGGAGCCGGAGAGUCGACGAUUCAGGUUGACUAUAGCACGGCAGAGCCGCUGAAUGUAGGAUGGGGCCACUCAGCUCAUGUCUGCCUCGGCCGGGACACUACCACUCUCCAGACGGUGGUGGCCCUGUCCAAGUCCAACGCGUCAUUCAUCACGGUCCCCUCCAAGAGCACCAGCAUUGUGCCUAGCAGCUCCCGGCACGGCGACGUCGACCCUCUCAAGUUCUUUGCAUUCCUGCCUCGCUACCUGACGGCGCUCACCAUUGCCACUGUCGCCAACACCAAGAAGUCAGUCUUGGUUCUCGAGCCCGACUUGAUGUUCCAGGAGUGUGUAAAGGAUGUUCUCGUCAACCGCGGCAUCUGGUUCCGCGUCGCCUCGAUGGAUUCGCACCGCUCCCACACGAUCCCGGGAACCGUCUUUAUGCACCCUGCUUCGUGCAAGCGACAGAUCAAGGCCAUCUACCCGCCGACCCCCACUCUGGUCUUCGACCUGCUGUCCGAGUCAAGUGAGCUUGCCAAGAAGCUGCUCGACGUGCUCCCCGCCACCAGCGAGUACGUCGCACGAUCGGCUCUCUUGGGCUCCAAGAACCCAAACUUCCAGCACAAGGACGACGCGGCUCUCACCGAAAACAUUUGGAAUGAGGCCUUUAGCCUUUCGUUGGCCAAGUCUUCGGACUGGAAGCCCGAGUUCGCAAACGUGCUCUCCGUCCCCGAUGUGCUGGAGGCACUGGAGCCAACAAUUCCCUUCCAGAUUGUCGACUGGAAGGCCGAGCGCUCGGUCUCCCACAUUGUCAAGCCGCACGACCCAAACACUCGGCGUCUCAGCCCCAACAAGACGUACCUCUUGGUCGGUCUCACUCGCGACUUUGGCCAGAGCCUCUGUACUCUAUUAGUCGCACAGGGCGCGCAAAACAUUGUCCUGUCGAGCCGCAACCCGCCCAAGGAGCAGCCGCAGUGGCAGACUGAGAUGUUGGCGCAGGGCAUCAAUAUUCGCUUCGAGACCCUGGACGUGACGAAUGCCGCCCAGGUCAUGGGCCUCAAGGCCAAGCUUGCCGCGACCGGGAUGCCACCGGUCGGGGGCGUGGUCAACGGCGCCAUGGUGCUCGAGGACCGCGUCUUCUCGAUGAUGUCGCUCAGCACUCUCCAGCGCGUCAUGGCUCCCAAGACGAUCGGCUCCAAGAACCUUGACGUGGCUUUUGACUCGCCUGACGUCGACUUCUUCAUCAUGACAUCGUCGUUUGCGGGUGUCGGUGGUCACGCGGGCCAGUCCAACUACGCCGCCGCCAACAUGUACAUGAACGGUCUGGUGGCGCUGCGGCACGAGCGCGGCCUCGCAGCAUCGGUCCUCAACAUUGGUGUCAUCUACGGGCUCGGCUUUUUGCACCGCGAGAAGGGCAACCUCUACAUGGGCCUCGAGCGCGAGGGCUACCCGCCAAUCUCGGAGCGCGACAUCCACCACAUGUUCAUCGAGGCCAUGGACGCCAGCCACGCGGCUACGGCGCCAGUCGCGGCCAUCACCACGGGCCUCAGCCGAUUCUCGAUGAAUAAGCCCACUCUGAGCUGGCACCGCGACUCGCGCUUUUCUCACUACACGCUGGCCGAGGGCGAUGGCGCCUCGGUGGGCCGCGACACGUCGGGCUCGGGAUUGCAGAGCCUGCUCGAAAAGGUUGCCGCAGCCUCGACGGUAUUAGACAUAUACAACGUGCUAGUCCCCACCUUUGCGAAGUACCUCGAAGGCCUGUUGCAUAUACCGGCCGACGGUGUUGCACACGACAGCACGAUUUCGGAGCUGGGCGCGGACUCGUUGGUGGCUGUCGAGAUUCGCUCGUGGUUGUGGAAGAAUGUGGCCCGCGAUGUUGCCGUCAUGAAGCUGUUGGGAUCAAUCACCAUCGCUAAGCUGUGCCACGAGAUGGCGGCAGGCAUUUUCGAUGCGCGCAAGAAGAACAACCAGCCAUCGAACAGCGACAGGUCAAGCAAACCUAUGCCGCACUCGCUCGCUAUUGGUCUCGAUGGCGCCGUUCCUUCGAGACCCCUCAGCUCUAGCACGGGAACGGGCUUGUCGCCUCGCACGCCCGCUACUGACGGCCUCAAUGGUUCCGCUACCCCUUCCACGUCAGUCUUUUCAAACGCCGAAUUGGAGGCGCCGGAGCCACUUGACUUGUAG